AGAGAUUUCAGGAAAACCUAUAUAUCAGGUGGUAUAUAAGAUGAAGGAUGUAUGCAGAUAAUCAGUACAACUUAGUUUGGACAGACCUAUGGACUGGGAAGGCUGGAACCCUUAAAAUAUUGAAAAUUAUGAUUCAUCUGCUUUUAUUCCAGGAGAAAGGUUCCAGAGAGGCAAUAGUCAAAUGGAAGAUUCGACUGGACCAGUUUUUCCAACUGAAGAUGAAACCCCAGGUGCCAGGUGACCUGUAACAAGGAGUGGAUGAGAAGGAAAAAAAAUGACAUUGGGAACAUGGCGGUGGGCGCAGAGAGAUCAAGUCUCUGACCUCUUCAGCUGUGCGGGCAUAGGGAGUCAUAAACCGUCUAAAUGCUGUUUGCUCAGGAUCACUAGGCAAUGCUGAGCUGACGUGGAUCUGGGGCGAACAGUCUGGGCCUCUCAGAACACACACCGAGCCCGGAUUGGCUGAAUUCAAGCUCCCGUUCGCCUGCUUCUCGCAGACAAACUGCUGUGACUCAGCACUAAACGAUCCUGCUGAACAACUGGUCGGCCCUUCUGAACCUACGGAGGUAAAUGCCAACCGAGCCUUCAUAGGCAGUGGCCACAUGAUUGAAACGAGGCUGGGAGAGACAGUCAGGACCCACCCGUUACAUUGGUCACCCGGCAAAGGGAACGAACUGUCACCAUUUGCAUGGGAUACCACCAUGGCAGAGAACAGACGUCACCAGAAUGCGGCAGAGGAGAUAACUUCAUUGAAACCAGCGGCGACAGCAUGUGGCCCUUCCUGGUGAGAUUUGAAUGUAUCCUGUUCCUUGCUUCAGCCUUUUCAGUGAUAACUCAUCUCAGCCAAGGCCUGUCACCCAGGAUUAAUCAAAGUCACCUGAUCCCCUCCUACCUGAAAAACCGCAAGUCAGGUCUAAAAGUUGAGGGCUCAAACUUCACACUAGGAGGCUUUCCGUUCCUGAUCAUAGCAGGCACUGUUCACUAUUUCCGGGUGCCCAAGAAGUAUUGGAGAGACCGUUUGCUGAAGAUGAAGGCAGGUGGCUUCAACACCCUCAUCACGCAUGUUCCCUGGAACCUUCACGAACCCAAAAUAGGCGAAUUUCAUUUCACUGGAAACCUGGACGUGAUGGCUUUUAUAACCACAGCUUCAGAGGUGGGACUCUGGGUCAUUCUGUGUCCAGGACCCUACAUUGGUAGUGACUUAGAUCUUGGAGGCUUGCCCAGCUGGUUACUCAAGGAUCCAAAAAUGAAGCUGCGGACAACUUACAAGGGCUUCAUUAAAGCAGUGAAUUUAUAUUUUGAUCGUCUGAUUUCCAGGCUGUUGCCAUUGCAGUAUAACCGGGGAGGCCCCAUCAUUGCUAUGCAAGUUGAGAAUGAAUAUGGUUCAUAUUAUCUGGAUAAAGAGUACAUGCCAUAUGUCAAAAAGGCCCUGGAGAAAAGAAAGGUCGAGGUGCUUCUCAUGACUGCUGAUAGUGGACGAGUGCUGGGAAAAGGCCGCAUAAAAAAUGUGCUGGUCACUCUCCACAUGAAGAAUAUACAUAAAGGAACUUACAAAGAACUUUCUUCAAUUCAGGGUCAUAGUCCUAUAAUGAUGAUGGUAUACACAGUGAACUCUUUUGACUCAUGGGGUGUUGCCCACCACCUUCCAGACGGACAUAUGUUACUUAAGGAUGUACGUGAAAUGCUCAAGCUUAGGUUCUCCCUCAACUUCUACAUGUUCCAUGGUGGCACCAACUUUGGUUUCAUGGGUGGAGCUCAACAUUUGAAUGGUUAUUACCCUGUUGUCACCAGCUAUGAGUAUGGGGCACUGCUGAGAGAGAAUGGAGAUUACACGCCUGAGUAUACCACAUUUCAAGAGGUUUUUCGGUCUGUUAUAGCAGCUCCUAUGCCCCUCCCGCUAAAUUACAUACCAAAGAAUGCCUAUAAGUCAGUGACACUAUUAUACUUCAUGACACUAUGGAACCUGCUUCCCUACCUGGACUUGCCAACCAAGUCUGUAAAGCCACUCACCAUGGAACAGCUGUCUGUGAAUGAAGGAAGUGGUCAAUCCUAUGGGUACACGCUUUAUGAGACUGCCAUUUCCAGUGAUGGCAUCCUCACCUCAAAGGGCCAUGUUCAAGAUCGGGGUCAGGUGUUUUUGGAUGACAAGCACGUGGGAAUCCUGGAUCAUUCCAAAGAUGAGCUAACUAUUCAGAAACAUGACCACUUGGAAUACCACACUCUAAGGAUCUUGGUGGAGAAUCAAGGCCGACUCUCCUCUGGGAAGAGCAUGAACCAGGAGAGAAAAGGUUUAACUGGGGAUAUUUAUCUGAACAAUUCUCCAUUAAGAAAAUUUACAAUAUACAGCCUGGAAAUGAAAAGUGUAUUCAUAAAAAGGAAACUCCCCAAAAUCUGGAAGCUAAUCACAGAGAAAGUUAAGGGCCCUGCCUUCUUCCUUGGUUACCUAAAAAUCAGUGGUGAUCCCAGAGACACCUUUAUACAACUGGAGGGCUGGAAUAAAGGAGUAGUAUUCAUCAAUGGACAAAACCUAGGACGAUACUGGAGUAUAGGACCCCAGGAAACUCUCUACCUUCCAGGACCCUGGCUCCAUACUGGAACAAAUGAGAUUAUCUUGUUUGAGGAAUUGGAAAGUGGCAUAGAGGUUGGGUUUAAAAUGGAACCUCAUUUAGGAUAUUGAGUCAUAAGUGGUGUGUAGUAAAUGGACUGAGCUGUCAUGUGAGCAGUGGGGCUGUGAGUAACCCAUCAAUCCUGGCACUUUGGUCACCACAACCACCCUGGCUUCUCGAUUCAGCUCCAGCUGCCUGGAGUCCACCAUCCACUUCCUGAUCUGCCAACAUACCACUCUUCUGGCUUAAGUUAUCCCACCUGUUUCUCAUGUUUACUACAAAAUAAGUCUACCCAGUGCACACCAUUUGUCAUGCUGCCACCUUAAAAGCUAUAGUGACCACCAAAUAAAAUGUUGAAAAAAAUGAGAAGAUACUCAGAAUACUUGAUCUCAUAAGUAUAAAUUGAAAGCAACAAGUCAAAUAAAAUACAAAUGCAUGCAGGAAAUGA